AUGCCCACUCCCAUCCCCUACGAGGUCACCUACCGGUCCUCCCACUCCCCCCGCGUCCUCCACCAGAUCUCGACCGACAUGUCUCGCACCUCCCUCACACCCAAGUUCGAGGUCGAGCGCCCCGCUCGCUCCCGCCGUUCCCUCUCCCCCAUCCCCGCCGAGCCCCCGUCGACGUCCAAGACGAUGUACGCGCCCCCACCGCUCACCUGGCGGUCCGCCUUCCAGGAUGCCAAAGCCGGCAUCUGCUACACCAAGGACGCCUUCCCGUCCUCGUCCUUCCUCCCCCCGCCAUUCAACCGAGAGCCGGUCCACGUCGAGCCCAGCGAGCGUGUCGAGAUCAUUGACGACGUCGACGAGUAUGCCGUCCGCAUCCGCGUCCUCCGCACCGGUGCCGUCGGCCUCAUUCCCGCCUGGAACACCGAGGGCGCCCUCGAGCGCCUUACGCGCAUGAACACCGCCUUCAACGAAGCGGCGACCUGUCCCGUCGAAGCCCGCACGAUGCGGCGCCGCGACAGCGCGUCGUCCGUCGCGUCCGGCAGCGCCAGCGCCAGCGACGACAGCACCUCGCCCGCGCCAGAGGACGCGCCGCUGACGGUCACGCACGUGCACGCUCGCUGCGUCCCAUUCGCGACCCGCGUCCGCUACCCCGACUUCUACGGCCGCUCGAGCGCGUUCAGCGACUCGGACCCGGACUCGGACGACUCAGACUUGGACUCGCCGUCGCCCCGGACGCCCGUCGACCACGCCCACCACGUGCACGAGCGCGGCCGCUCGCCCUGGCGCGCCGGGACUCGCCCCGCUGCGUCGACGCCCCAGGUGUACGCCGCGCCGCCGAGCACGCUCGAGAAGGGCGCGGCGUCGUCGACCACGGAGGCGGGUGCGCAGGAGCGGCCUGGCUCUGGGUCGCGGAAGAGCGUCAACUUUGCGGGCACAGAACGGCCGAGCGUCGUCUUCCGCUACCCGUCAGAGGACCUCGUUGGGGAAGAGGACGAGGAGUGGUGGUGGCACGGCUGGGAGGAGUCGAUGGAGCAGGAGACGGAGGUCGCCCCAGAGGAGAUACUCAUCGGCGCGACGUUCGACAUCCGGGAUACGUUCCCGCUCAUCGAUGACGACGACCAAUAA